AUGUUAUCCUUAAAAGUAAAUAGAUUAUGUGCAGCUGUAUGUUUACUUCUAUUAGUGAUACUGUGCUGCAAAUCGGAUACAACUGAAGCGGGACGUGUUAUCUUUUACGCGCCAAGAACAAAUCAAAUCUAUACGGGACAAAUAUUAUCGGCACAACCAAAAAAGGAACCCUGCCCCAGAUGUCAAAUGAGAGAUCAUCGUGGUCGCUGUCGUCGCAUUAUUAAAUUUAAUCCUGUUGAAAAAGACAAAAAGUUAAAGAAAAAAUCGGAAACAAAUAUGAAUACAAAGCAACUGUGUGGAUUAUUAAUAAUAUCAAUUAUCCUGAUGAGUGCCAUGGCCCCCCUGCCGACAUCAGCGAAGCGUGUGAUAUUUUAUCGCAAAGAUGGAACAGUGCUACAUUCUCAGUUAUUGGUAAUGGAUAAGAGAAAAGCUCCAUGUCCCAAGGGUCUGUUACGUGAUCAUCGUAAUCGUUGCCGGAGAGCAGUAACAUUUAGUAGAC